GCUGUGCCUUAGGCCGCUAUUAAUUACCAAAAGUAAACAGGUUUUUUUCAAAGUGAUAAAUUGUGUUACUUAAUAGGAAGAUUCCAUAGGUAUUAGCAACAUAUGGCUGCAGUUAGACACCUAGCCAGCAAAGGCAUAUAUUUACCACAGAAUUAUCUGUCCAACGGCUUACUCCGCAGUAUGUCUACAAACCCGGUGCCCAUAUUGUAUUCCUAUUGGCCAAGUUCCUGUUCUUGGAGAGUUCGCAUUGCGCUGGCAAUCAAGAAAAUAGAGUACGAGAUAAAACCCACUUCCUUGCUGAAGACAGCCAGUGAACAUGCCUAUACGGAGGAGUACAGGGAAAUAAAUCCCAUGCAAAAGGUUCCUUCGUUGAAGAUUGAUGGUCACACGCUGUGCGACUCGGUGGCUAUAAUGCAUUACCUGGACGAAACUCGUCCUCAGCCUGCCCUCCUGCCCCAAGAUCCGGUCAAAAGAGCCAAGGUACGCGAAAUCGUGGAGCUGUUAUGCUCGGGCAUUCAGCCUCUGCAGAAUAGUGCUGUCCUGGGUCACGUGGGCAAGGACAAGAGUCUGGAAUGGGCACAACACUGGAUUUCUCGAGGAUUUCAAGGUCUGGAGAAGAUCCUCGCCCAAUCGGCUGGCAAGUUCUGUGUGGGCGAUGAGCUUACCAUGGCUGAUAUUUGCCUUGUGCCUCAGGUUCGCAAUGCCAGGAGAUACAAAGCUGACCUGAGCCCUUAUCCAAUAAUAGUUCGCUUGGACCAAGACCUUCAGGAACUGGAAGUUUUUAAAAGCACCCAUCCCAGUACGCAACCAGACUGCCCACCAGAAUUUGCCAAGAAAUAGUCGAAUCUUUAUAUACAUAUUUUGGACAUUUCCAAACUGCAUUUAUUUUAAAUAAAUCAAAAAU